AUUUUUUUCUCGAGGAUGGCCGAGAGAGGGAGCACUCGCAGUAGAAUGAACGUACUCGUUUGUGAGAGAACGAAAAUGGGAGAUUGUGAGGGAAGUGAGAGAAUAAAUCAUGGAAAUAUUGCACAAAGGCACAAGAGAGAAAGGAAAGAAUUAAAUGGUAAAAUCCAAGCUAUGAAGCAUGCUAUUCCAAAGGGUGAUAAGAAGAAGAAGAAAGAAACAACAAUAGAAAUCGCAAAACUUGAGGCUGAGCUUAAUAAUCGUCAAGAAGAAGAACUUAAGAAUCUCAUUAAACCCAAUUCAGUCACGGAAAAUGGAAUAGAAACAGGAAUGGAAAAAUUAAAUAUGCAAGAUAAACCUGAAGAAAAAGUGGAGGAGAAAGUUGUGAAAACAACAAGAGCACAAAAAAGAAGGAAUAAAAAAGCGAACAAGGAAAAGGAGCGUGAGCAGAGGAUUGCUGAAGAAGAGUCGAACAACGUGUUCAGUAAUAGAAAAAUGGAAGAGCAAAAGAUCAAUGCAAUUUUAACAGGUCGUGGCCUAUGCAUCCGUGAGAUUGCAUCAGAUGGUCAUUGCUUGUACAAUGCCCUGAUUGACCAACUUGCUAGACAGGGAGUACAGACUAAGCUGCAAAACCUGCGAGAACAGACAGCCGAGUACAUGAGAUCUCACAUGGAAGAUUUCUUGUAUUUCCUCUGUAAAUCAGAUUCAGGGGAACCCUACACCCCAGAAGAGUAUGAAGAAUACUGUAGAGAAAUAGCAAAUACCGCAGCAUGGGGAGGUCAACAUGAGAUCAAUGCCAUUAGUCAUAUUUAUCAGUCGCCUAUUGAAGUGAUCCAGGCCGACAGUCCGCCACUGACAGUCGGUGAACACUUCAGCGAAAAACACAUGCCACUUAUCCUUUCGUAAAACCGACAUGCCUUUGGACUGGGUGAGCACUACAAUUCAGUUAUACCAAAAUCCGAGUGUACAAAAGUGAAGAAUGACGAUGAAUUAUAGCAAAAAAUCUAAAUCAAAUUCAGCUUUUGCACUCUAUGUUGUUUUAUGAGUUUUAUUAAGUUGAUGGAAAGUCCUCAUCUAAAGCAUUCACACAACUGAAAGUGGGAGAUGUCAGGCAAUAGCAGGUACAAGGUAGAAAAGUGACAAGAAGGGAGAAAGUGAAGUGAGUUAGGUGGUGAUAUAAAGUUGGUUUUAUGCAGCACAACAUAUUGUAAAUGACUUAAUAUGCACUGUGGUGAUUUUUUUUUUAGGCUUUGACGCAACUCUUAUUCAAUAUAAGAAGCUUUUUCCAUUGCGUAUUCACUAUAAAAUUAAAAUGGGACGAUGUGUUGUAUGAACGUUAGUGGUAUUAAUUUUGCCAUAUAUUUAACAAUUUAUAGAAUAUAUUUCUAAUAAGCUCUGCGGUGCUUAAUGGACAAAUUCAUGUUCGUGAGACACUUAUUUUAGAGCAGCGCUUAUUAAAUUAUUUACAGUAUGUACUCUAUGAAAAACCAACUUACUGAGUGUUCUGAUAUCGUGUCUCUGAUAGGCUAAUAGGAAGGUAGAGAGUUGAAUUUGUGACAUUACAAUAUUAAAUACAAACCUUUAUUUUUUGCAUGUAUGUUAAACCAAAGUGUAUGUAAUAUUUUAGUUGGCUGUAUACACUAUGCAGUUUUUAUGAUUCUAGUUAAAUUCAAAUGUGUUGAUAAAUAGUGCCUUUUGCUUUUGAAUCAAGAUAUUUAUUUUUUUCUUUGUUUACUAUUUCUUGUGAAUGCUAAGUAAGAGUACUACACCAUUCCCAUUAUAAAAUGUAUAAAUUGGUGGGAAUUAGGGAGAUCGUACAAUAUAAAUUAAGUAUAUAUUAGGAACCCCAGACAAUUAUGAUAGAACAAUCUAUAUAUCAAAAUCAUUUUAAAAUUAGGCAAUUUUUUACCAAUAUAAAUUAAAAUUCUAGAUUUAUAAAGAAAAUUGAAUGUUGUUGAUUACAGUAUUUGCAACCAUUUUUAUUAGUAAAGUUGAUGUUCUUAAAUUAUUAUUAUUAUUUUUUUUUUUUUUCGUUAUUUGGAAAUAGUUUCAUUGACAUUAUCUUGAAUGUUAUUAUUUUAUUUGUAUAUCAUUUCCAUAAAUCAGAUAAUAAAAAUGCAGUUUUUCUUGAUGAGUUUUUAACAUAAAUGCAAGAUUUUAUUUAUGCAACUAAAUAUUUAAAAGAACCAGAAAACAGAUUUCAAGAAUUUUUUUGCGGAAAAAAAUAACUUUUUCAAACAUUCGAUCAAAAUCAGAAAUUGGAAAAUCCAUGUAAAAUGACUGAUUAAAAUAUAAAAUGUAAAUUGUUUAAAAAACAAAUUGCAAGUAAUGAUCCUUCCACUGCAACUUAUUUAGAUUCAUUAGGUAUUUAAAAAUCAAGUUUUACCUCUCAGAAAAAGAAACCUACUUGAAAAUAGAAGGUUUUUUGUUCAUUUAUAAUUUAUCCAAUAUUUUUGUGUAGUAUUAUGACUGAGGCUUUAGCUGUUGCAAAUUUUGCUUUAAGUUGUCUAUGUAAAAAGUGAUAGUGUUAUUUUUGUUGAAUAUAUUUGUGCUAUUUUAAACGAUGUAUAAUUGGUAACAUUAUAUUAAAGUUUAUCAUUAUUAUAUUUUGAUCAUUAUGUAAUGUAGUUCAUCAGUAUUGUAUUGUUUGUAUUAUGAAAUAUAUCAGAGUUUACAUAUUUUUAUGUCAUGGUGUUAUACUUAAUUAAUAGUUGAAGCCAUUGAGGGCGCUAAUCAUGCAACUGAGAACGAGUUUCAAACAAAAUACCUCUGUAGGAUAAUAUGCUACCUACCUUCAAACUUCA